CAGCCCAGGACUCGCAUCGCCGGCUCCGAGGCGGGCGGGCGAGACCCUCCUCCCCGCCUAGCCCCGCUCCCGCAGGCGCCCACCUCCCUCCCCCCCCAACCCCCUCCCGGCCCUUCGUCCCCUCCCCGCUCCCCAGCCGGACUUUUCCCACCCCUCCCGAGGAUGAGGCGGCCGACGCGGCGGCUGGCGCUGUCUCUGCUGGGGGUGCUCUGGCUCGCCGCCCUCCUCCUCUUCUUCUUCGGCGCGAGGAAGAAGUUGGAGGCGGCGGGAGCCGAGGGGCGCACGGCGGAGGGCUCGGACAUGGACUGGGACGACCUUUGGGAUCAGUUUGAAGAGCGGAGGUACCUGAGUGUCCGGAGGUGGAAGGGCGGCGAGGACCCAUACCGGCUCCAUGCCUUUAACCAGCGGGAGAGCGAGAGGAUCCCCAGUGACCGUGCCGUCCGUGACACCCGCCAUCACAGGUGUACGACUUUGCGCUAUCGCCAGGACCUCCCACCAACCAGCAUUGUCAUCACCUUCCACAAUGAGGCCAGGUCGACCCUGCUAAGGACGAUUAGGAGCGUGCUGAACCGCACCCCAGUGCACCUCGUCCAUGAAAUCAUACUAGUGGAUGACUUCAGUGAUGAUCCUGACGACUGCCGCUUGUUGGGCAAGCUCCCCAAGGUGAAGUGCCUGCGGAACGGACGGCGAGAAGGUCUGAUCCGGUCACGAAUCCGAGGGGCAGAUGUGGCAGGAGCAGGAGUCCUGACCUUCCUCGACAGUCACUGUGAGGUGAAUAAGGACUGGCUACUCCCUCUGCUGCAGAGGAUCAAAGAGGAUCCCACCCGAGUGGUCAGCCCCGUUAUUGACAUCAUCAACUUGGACACUUUUGCCUAUGUGGCGGCUUCCUCGGACCUCAGAGGAGGUUUUGACUGGAGUCUGCAUUUCAAAUGGGAGCAACUUUCUCCAGAGCUUAAAGCCAAACGACUUGAUCCCACUGAACCCAUUAAGACUCCUAUCAUUGCUGGGGGGCUGUUUGUGAUCGACAAAGCCUGGUUCAACCACCUGGGGAAGUAUGACAGUGCCAUGGACAUCUGGGGUGGGGAGAACUUCGAAAUCUCUUUCCGUGUGUGGAUGUGUGGAGGGAGCCUGGAAAUCAUCCCCUGCAGCCGCGUUGGACAUGUCUUCCGGAAGAAACAUCCAUAUAUCUUUCCAGAGGGAAAUGCCAAUACAUACAUUAAAAACACCAAGCGCACUGCAGAGGUGUGGAUGGACGAAUUCAAGCAGUACUACUAUGCAGCUCGCCCUGCAGCCCAAGGGAGGCCUUAUGGAAAUGUCCAGAGCAGAGUGGAGCUGCGGAAGAGGUUGAAAUGCCAUGGCUUCAAGUGGUACCUGGAAAACGUUUAUCCCGAACUUCGGAUUCCUGAGGAAUCACUCUAUCAGACUGGGAUGAUCAGGCAAAGACAGAGCUGCCUGGAGUCACACAAGUCUGAAGCCCAAGAGUUCCCCAUCCUGAGCUUAAAUCCUUGCAUCAGCAGCAAAGGCACAGCAGCAACAGGACAGGAAUGGACGUACACAUACAACCACCAAGUCCGCCAGCAGCAGCUGUGCUUGUCCGUGUACACCCUCUUCCCUGGUUCCCAGGUGCUGCUGUCACCUUGCAAAGAAGGUGACAACAAGCAGCGAUGGGGUAAAGUUGGGUCACAUAUUGAACACAUAGCUUCCCGCUUCUGUUUGGACACUGAGAUGACUGGGGACACGAAUGAGAGCACCAAAGAGCUUGUCAUCAACCCUUGUGAGAGCACAGCCAUGAGUCAACGCUGGGACAUGGCCAUGUCUUGACCUGCUUGAGGACUUAGCGGGGAUGGGCGCUGAGGCAUUGCUACACACAGCCAAGAUGCACCAGAAGGAGCUCAAAUGCAAAACCGUUGGGGGUCCUUGUGUAUUAUGGGACAGGAGAAGAAUCGUUCAAAUAAAAAUAAGGACAUGGCGCUCCACGUUGAACAACGGAUGUUGUCUGCAAGGCAUAUAGCCAUUAUUGGCUUGUUUGCAGUUACACAUUCAAAGAGAAGGGAUGGCAAAAAAAAAACAAGCUUGAAAUGUUUUAGAGGGAUACUGGGGCUCCUGCGAUGGGCCCUACAGAAGUUUGGUGUGCACAGUAUUUUUUAGUCUCACUGGAAACACAGGUAGAAGAGCCUUGGAGACCAAAAGGUGAAUUGGACUCAGCCAAACAAGCAUCUCAGUAGCUUUUGGGGAGUGAGGCAGGUGUGCAAGGAGGGAUGUGCCAAGGGAUGCUAAGAAACAUCACCUGGGAUCAAGUGGAAAACACUAAAUUAUCGUUGCACCUUUCAUCACGUGGAUGCAUUUGACUUCGGCAGACAGCGUGGGUGGAGCUGUGUUGCACGUUCAAUUUUGUAUCUGAUCCAUGUACACAUUGUGCAUACGGAGGCAGGGCAGUCAUUUAUGGCUGUGGCCAGGAUCAAACCAGCAAUUAACAGGAGAGUCCGGCUCUGUGCUAACUGCACAUGGGGGUUGUUGAAUCUCCAAAGCCCAAGCAAACAGAGGAUUCAGUGUGUGAGAUUAAAGGAUACAAACCACUGUGAAGCUGGAAGGAGAGGCAGUAACGUGAUUAUAUCUCUUCUGUGAAGGCCAUGGGUGAGCCUCAGUCACUGAAAACUCCCCUAUAAUCUCACUAUGUGUCUCACUGCUUCAGAUCUGGAAUAAGACAAAAUUUUCACUUUUCUUCCAUAAAAGUAAUAUUUUUGGUAAUUGAAGGUAAUUGUGUCAUAUUUGUGUUUCCCAGUUUCCCGGCUACAGAAGAGGGAACUCCCAGGAAGUGCUGCUGCCAAAGGAACAGGGCAGGUUAUUAAAACUAGAGAUUGCUCUGAGAAAGGAAAAGGGAUAUUACCUGGUUUUGCUUCCCAGGUACCUUGUAGCCCAAGACAUGAAGUACUGAAGAAAAGAUUUGAGAUUCCCCCAGUCACACCCGCGAGCAGGGAACUGCAGGUCACAAAGUACCUCUUACAGAAAGUGUAGGCAGACUUGGCACAAAUGAUUUCUUCGGGUUUUGGAAAUAAGUCCUUAACCAGAGGUCAUGUCAGGUGCAAUAGCUACGUGGGAGUGAGGUGACUGCCAAAGGAGAAUAGGACAGAAGAUCUCAGAAGAAGUCUUAAGAAUAGGAGGGAACUGGAAAGUCCUUUUCUAGCUGAUCCUUUAGAGCAGCUCUCACCACAGCAGCAGGUAACAGGCAGUGAAUCACCAAGGGCUGCACAUACAGCUUUUAUAUAGUAACAACUCUUGAAUAAAACUUUUGCAAGACCAUCAAUGUGACUUGAAAAACUAGUUUGUGUCUCUAAAAAUGCUAGGGUUUACAGAAAAUCCUAUUCCUUGUUCCCUGUGCUGCAAACUAUGCGUAAAAUACCAUAAGCUUUGAGACCUCAAGUGCUCUCAGCAUACCUUCUUGAAUAAAUUGCUGGCUUUCAGGAUUUUACUGCCUCAGUUUCUCCUCCCUCAGUGCUGGGAGAAAGCUGUAUGUGUAAAUCUCCCCAGCUUUAGAGGCAGAACCAGUAUAAUUCUUUAUAUACAAAAGGUUGCAGGGCAUAAAUGCUUUCCAUGUGCUGCAGUGAUUACUAACCUAAUCAAGCUCCCUUGCUGCAAACCUCAAGGGCUUCUGUUAUGAAAGGGCUGGAGCAAGCUGUCAUUUCGUCCGUGGGAGAUGGCAUUGUUUCAUGUCACCACUUUGCGUAGGAAACAAAGGGAAGUACUUAACAUGAAAUGGACCCACUUCAGAAAGAAGGGUAGUGACCUUGGGGUCCUUCUAUUUAAUUGAACGAGGAAAUAUCAGACCUACUUUUCACACAGAUGAUGACAGGCAAGUGGUAAUCAUUCCCUGUCUAGUGUUCACAUGGGAAAGCAGCUCCCAAGAGCUUGCAGCUUAACCUGUAUGCACCUGUACUGUGCCUGCAGCCCAGACCGCCCAGCUGCCAGCACUUUAAUUCUGAAAAUUCAAAUAGCUGAACAACUUGGCAUCAGUUUUGAAGCCCAGCACCCAUCAGGUACACUCUGACCAGGACCUCAGACCUAUCUAGCUUUAUUAUUUUCCACCUAAGCCAAAAAUAUCUGUUCUGCUGACAGCCAAAGCUCUCUGAACAGGUAAUGUUCUUAGCAGAAACAGCUACCUCACUACACAUGUGUGUGCUUGAGCAUGCAGACCCAUGGGACCCACAGGGAUGUAUUCUAGGGAGUUGUUUGACCAACUUUCAGCUCUCUUGCACUUUGUGAAACUGAAAAGCUAUACCAAUCCCCUCCUAUUCCAAAACACAUGCUAAGGUGGGGGCAGUGGAAGGCAGGUAGUGGGGAAGGUGACAUCAGGCAUGGUGUCCCCUACAAGCAGGUAGCAUCAUUCAGCCUAGUCUCUUGUGGGCCCAGAUGCCACCAAAUACCUAACAGACCUGGGGAACAGAAGCCACUCAGCAAACUAGUGAUUGUGUCUCAUGUAUCCAUCGGCUGUAACCCUUAGACUGUGGCUUGUUUCAUGGUCCAAGAAAUUAUCCGAUGGCUCUAUGGAUCAGCAGUGUUUUCAGAGAAGUCUGAGGGUAUCAGCCUGACUCUUGGGAAGCUUUAUAUAAGAAGGCAAUGGACUGGCAGUCUCCAGAGUUAGCCCCAAUAUGCCAUUUAGCAUAUCUUAUGCUUAGCAUCCUUGCAAAGACACUUUGCGUCAUGUCAGGGGAAAGGUUAACUACUGCUGAAAUCCAACUCGCACCCUUAGGUUUAUUUCAUUGGUAAAAUACACCAGAGACAGAUGGCCCUUUUUUGCUUCGUGUUUGUUAUUUGGCUAGACAUUUAUUAUCAUGCUGUAAACAGAUACACAUGACAUUGAUAGGUGUGUCUAGAUGGGCUCCUGUGCCUAUGCCUCUUAAGCACUGAUGUCAUUUGGUGGUAAUGCUUUCUGGUAACAUUUUGCACUAAUUAGAAAGAAGAUAAAGUAGGAAAUAUGGUUCUCAUCUGGCUGUUGAGGUUUGUGGCAGCCUUUAUCAUCUCCAGGUAAGUCACUUCUUGUGCCUUGGGAAAAUUAGAUUCAGAGCAGAAAACUCAGGGCUAGAACUACUACUGCCUUUUAAAGAUCCAACCAAGAUGAUGCAAAAACCCAAAAAAGCACCUUAACCUUCCCCGUCCCUCCUGAAGGAGAUCCAUGUUCCUGUGAGAACAAAUCUGCCUGGUUUUAGUUGGGCUGGGGAAGUCUUACAGUCCCUAACUUGCUGCUUAUGUGAUUUCCAGAUACUUUAUGCUUAUCCUCUCUCUGUACCAGUGCAGUGCCAUGCAAACAACACAGAGCAUCAAUGCUUGGAACCUUAGCUAACAACAUACUGAUGUAGUAAUUUAGUGGUAAAGAGGUGGAAGUUGAAUUCAAAUAACUUUGAUUAUCCAGUGAGGCAACAGGAAAAUGGGGCUGGUGGAUAAAGACUGGAGGACUGUGGUUCACGACAAGCACUAGCCCUGAAUGCUAAUCCCUUCUACUUCUUCUAGGAGUGAUUUAGGACAGCUUACUUAAUUUCCCUGCCUCAGUUUCCGAAACUUUUAGUGAAGGCUGAACAUUUUGAACAAAGAGAAAGCCAAAUAUUAUUUUUUGUUGCAUGGAAUACCAGCAGUACUGGACUGUCAAUGGACUGGCUGUGUCUGGAGUUAGCCCAGUAUUAUCUGCCUGUGCAGGGUCGGUUCAGAUGGAGUUAAUUUUCCUCAUAGCAGCCUUUAUGGUGCUGUGUUUUAGACUGGUGACCAAAACAGUGUUGGUAGCAGACAGCAGUGUUUUAUUUAUUUUGUGCUUGCACAGUGUCAAGGCUUUCUCUGUCUUUCACUCUGCUGCCCCAGCAAGUAGGCUAGGGUUGGGCAAGAGGGACGCAGCCAGGACAGCUGACCCAAGCUGACCAAAGAGGUAUUCCAUACUGUAUUAUGUCAUGCUCAGCAAUAAAACUAGGGAGAGAGUUUUUCAACAGUAGGUGUUGCUCGGAGACUGGCUGGGCAUCAGUCUGCAGGUGAUGAGUGACUGCCUUUGCAUUACUUGUUUUGUUUGUUUGGUGGUUUUUUUCCCUUCACUUGUUAAACUGGCUUUAUCUUGACCCACAAGUUUUUCUCACUUUUGCCCUUCUGAUUCUUUUCCCCACCCCUUUUGGGGAAGAGUGACUGGGGGGCUUAGCUGCCAGGCUGGGUCACGCUGCCACACUGCCCUAAGCAAACCCGGGUCUUCAGUGGAGCUGGCUGGUAUUCUUCAUGGCUCGGACUCUGCUCACAACUGUGCAAUAGAAUCUGGGCUGCUCAAAUUUCAGGUCUUGUAAGCUUUAGUGAAAAGCUAUGGGCCAGAAUUGUUUGUAGAACUGGUAAAGGAAGCAAAAUCAAGCAGAUUACAAACUGCUGAUGGUCAACAUAAAGCAGCAGAAGAAACUGUGGUUCAUUAAUAUUCUGGCUAAAUUAAUUUCAAAUGAUCAGUCCACCAGUUUUAGUAUUAUGUGGCUGUUUUAGAUGGCUGAAGAGUUCAAGGAAGUCUGGUACGGGUGUCCAGCUUACAAUGAGACUUAAGGACUGAAAUUAUUCCAGGUUUAUGGAUGUUUACCAUAUGUCCACUCUUCUGUUACUCACUGAAGUGCCUUCAGAACCCUGUAAGAAUAAAAACCUGUUACAAGCUA